GAGCUCUGUGUGUGCGACGCUGCGUGGGGGUGUUCGCCUGAUGUCAUUUGGCAGAAAGGGAGGCUGAGCUAACGGUGGGCACACGAGUGGAAAGCAUAACAAUAACGUUACCGCUUUACCGUCCACAUCGGGACUUAACGUCUAUUUUGGAUUUAAAUACGCAGCGUUAAAUACCGACUCCUCACCGUGGUCCAAAGAAGAAGACGAGGUAAAGCUAACGGUCUGAAAGUACCAGAUGCUAUUCCAGCGCAGAGGGAGAACUGGCUCGAAUAAGCAAGAGAGGGUGAUGGGUUCCCGUUUUCCUGACGGCUAGCUAACGUUAACGUUAGACCUUCGUUGGAAACACGGAUACUGCGAAGUGAGGGGGACUUGCUUUGCUUCUUCUCCACCUCCGUCUAUGUGACAUUGUGCCUGAAAUGCUAGCGCGGUCUCAGCCGUCGAGCAGCCUCUGGGCCGCAGCUCGGCACACCGAGCCCGAAUCUGGGAAAUAGCUAGCUUGCUUGCUGCAGCUGUACCAGAUGCUGCUGUUGCGGCUGCUGCUGCUAAACGGAUCCGAAGGACAACAAAAACAGUUCAGGGCCCCGGCGCUGAGUGAGCUAUCGUUUUACCUUACUGGACUACAACGGGUAUUUGCGAUGUGAUGCUUUUGUGCGUCGUUUUUGAGCCUUGUGUAGCUGGAGGCUCUUGCUUGCUUGACGCGAAGGAGCUAACGUUGCUGCAAAAUGCACAGCAGAACCACAGCAGCAGGCUCCUGUUGAAGGGGGCGAGGUUUGACUGAUAACAGAUAACAACCCACCCUGAAUCUCCUAACACUCGGUUCACAUUUGGACUACGACCACCACAUUUUUCCACGUCAUUCACCGCUUCAUAAGCUGGCGAUAUGGAUAAACUAACGAUCAUUUCAGGGUGCCUGUUUCUGGCAGCAGAUAUCUUUGCAAUAGCCAGCAUUGCAAACCCAGACUGGAUCAACACUGGUGAAUCAGCAGGUGCCCUUACAGUCGGUCUAGUCCGACAAUGUCAGACCAUCCACGGAAGAGACCGGACCUGUAUUCCACCUCGGCUGCCCCCAGAGUGGGUCACUACACUUUUCUUCAUCAUCAUGGGCAUCAUCUCCCUCACAGUCACCUGUGGACUGCUCGUGGCAUCGCACUGGCGCCGAGAAGCCACCAAAUACGCCCGAUGGAUCGCCUUUACUGGCAUGAUCCUGUUCUGCAUGGCGGCGCUCAUCUUUCCCAUAGGCUUCUAUAUUAACGAGGUGGGAGGCCAGCCGUACAAGCUGCCCAACAACACAGUGGUCGGCUCCUCGUACGUGCUGUUUGUCCUCUCCAUCUUCUUCACCAUAGUGGGACUUCUGUUUGCAGGCAAAGUUUGCCUCCCAGGCUGAGGACUCGACCAUGCUCGCCUCUGGACCGACACAAGAGGCUCUGAAAAUGUUACGGGAUCUACACAAACACACAAUGACUGAAAAUCAAAAACAACAAACUCUGAACAGAAGCCUGAAACAGGGAAGUCUUUGAUUAUGUGUCAAGGGGCCGCAGCACCGCAGAGUACCUAACGACUAAAAAAAAAAAAAAUGACAACGAACAAAACACUAAAAGGAGGGGGCAUGGGCACAAAGGGGUGAGAAAACGGACAGCCGAGGUUGUCGCAGCACCGUGCCACUGUUGAUUUUAAAUAUGGCUGUCUCGGUUGUUGUUCUGUUGGAAAAGGGUGCUUAAUCUGCUGCUGUCAAGGCAACUGCGGCCACAAUGCUUGCGCACAUUUUUUGAGGACCACUUCAGCCUUCUCCUUGACUUGACCCCCGGCCGCCGUCAGCACACAUCUGCACCGUCACGACUGCUCCUGUUGCUAUUUUUGGCUUCUCUUAGCUAUUUCAGUCGUGUGCUUUUCUGUUGUUGUACAUUUUGUUUUCUUUUUUGUUUUUUGUUUUUUUUUCUCCUUCCAACCCACGCAGCCUUUUCGCUGAAGUAGCUUGAGUGUAAUCGAGGUUCACUUAACCGAAUCCUUGAGGGCAACUUGAGGGUUUUCUGCCAGCUUGGCUUUAGGGCAGUGUAUAUUUUUGCCUGUCACUUCACAAGGCCCCAGGUGUGUGGCAGGGGAGAGCAGCUGUGAGCACAGCUGUGCGGGCCAGCUCACGGGCUGCUGUGGACGAGAGGAAGGUGCAGGUGUGCCGCUCUCCAACCAGCUGCAGAUCAGGAGCAGGUAGCAACGAGGGGUGACCUCCCUGGGCAGCAGAACAGGAAGUCAAGUACUAUAAAGGAGAAUGCCACUCAAUGUAAGACCUUGCAUUAUGCCAUUUAAUUGCUAAGCUAAACCCAUGACACUGAUACACAUCUUUUGCCAAUAACUACAAGACUGAAUUUAGAGAAUAAUCAUCUAAACAUUAACACACCUCUUGUAUUUGUAGUACUAAUUAUGUUCAGUACAGCCACAAGCACAGUGGCCUUUUUUAAAGUAUUUUUCAAAGGUGUUACAUCACUGUGGUGUUACAUUUUCGAGGAGUUGAGAAUAACCCAUUUAUCACUUACUAUAGCAGACAGUAUUGACUUUUUAGUAGAAGCUCAAGUUACAUUAAGGUGUGAAAAUAGCAUGUGAAUGCUAAUAAUCGGUGGUAUUCUCCUUUAAUGUUGGACGGGAAAGAAACGAGCCAGGGGAUGUUUUUGUCUUGCUUUGUAAAAAAAGUGGAGGCACAGGGACUGCAGGUCAGGUCCAUGCAUGGGGCUGUGCCUCAGUGUGCUGCUUUUGAGGCCUGUGAGUGCAACACACACACACACACACACACACAAAUCUCUACUAUCUCAGAAAUUAGUUGGGUUUAUACAUAAAUAUUAAAAGUCCAUUUACAAUUUAACUUAACACAACCAUCCCUCAACUAAAUUGCACAUAUGCGUACAGAAAUAAACACAUACUGUAUAAGCUUGUACUUUACAUGUUUACACUCAUAACAAUUUGGGUAGCAUACAACCUACUGACACUAAGAUAGUGUGUGUGUGUGUGUGUGUGUGUGUGUGUGUGUGUGUGUGUGUGUGUGUGUGUGUGUGUGUGUGUGUGUGUGUGUGUGUGUGUGUGUGUGUGUGUGUGUGUGUGUGUGUGUGUGUGUGUGUGUGUGUGUGUGUGUGUGUGUGUGUGUGUGUGUGUGUGUGUGUUCGUUCAAUCAUGGAGCGCUGUCGCGAAGUCUUACAGUUUUGCUUUGUAUUUCUGUUUCCUGCUCUCAGCUCUUCUUCCUCGGUCUGAUGUAUACUGCUAACUCUACACUCUGCAGUCAGUGCCCUCCCUGUCUUGGUUGGUUCAGUAUUGUGCCAUGACCUGUUUUUGUUUAACAAUGUACAGACACACAAAAGGCAGGAUUUCUGUAUUAGGAAGCACUGUGCGUUCAACAGUAUAGGUAACAGAAAUAGAAGCACCACAAAUGUAUAAAAAAAAAAAAAAAAAAGAGAGAACUUCUUACCUCAUUGUUUUUGUUUCUGCUAUUAUUUUCUAAUGGUGGCAAUGUGUGCCCUCUAAUUUGUCUCUUGCCUUGAUCGGAUGUCUUCACAUAAAGCCUAUGAUCAUAGGAAAUUAUUUAUCACUGAAUAAAAAGGAAAAAUGUGUGUGUGACUCUGA